UCAAAAUUAUAUCUUCUAUGCGCACAACGUGAAUCUGGACAGUCAACCAGAUCAUAGAAAAGCGAUAAUGACAUGCUUUUUUAGAAGGCGGAUUUGCUAAUGGAUUGAACAAACUAACAUCUAAAGUUUCAGAAGACAUUGUUGUUUUCCUUGUAUAAUUAAAAGUUACAGGUGUAUGAUUUUAUAAUAGUAGACAGACUGUGGGUGUGUGUAUGUGUGUGUUUCCUCGCAAAGUUAUCUACGACUCAUAAUCUUCAGUAGUUUUAUUUUAUCUCUCGUUCAGACACGUAUUAAUUUAUGCAAUAUUCUUUUCCUUCAAGAAGAAACGUCAAAGCCGAAUAUAGUGAUACAUUAUAAAUAUUUUACUAAAUCUAGUGUGAUAAUUAAACGUUAAAUGCGUAAUCGUCUACAUUUACAGUGUUAAUAUAAAAUGAGAUCAACAUUUCUAAAAUUUGUAGAAAAAGGCAAAAAAGAUAAAAUAAUUUAAUUUUAUCACAUAUGUAUAUUACGAACCUGACACAUAUCUUACAUUCAAUAAAUACAAAAGCUAAACUAGGCACAAAAUAAAUAUACAUUUUUUAAGCAUUAAAAAUUAAAAUUUAUAUGACAAAUAAUGAAUGCAACAACAGAUUUGAUUGAUUUCUCUAUCUAAUUUCUGUAGUGAAUCCUUUGUGAAAUAAUGUUUGUACAUAAUUUCGCGUUUCUGUGUUGCGGGCUUCUACUCCUCAUCAUUUCUUCAUCGGAAUCUCAGCAAACUUACACCAACAACAAAGAUGAAGAUCAUCAUUCGACAAUACGAUACGAGAAAUAUGCGGAUUCUACAACAACUUAUAGUAACGAAAUAAAACCACUGCGAUAUGAUUUGUAUGAAAGGUUUACCAACAAUACGCAACAUAACGAAAUGAAAUAUGAAUUUAGCACUAUUUCCACGAAUAUCGAUCGCAAAGAUGUUGAUUCGAUACUACAUAAAUUAAGAAGGCGUUCUGCUCACAAUCAAGAGAAUGAUGACAAAAUAUUGAAACACUUUCACAACAAUUCGACAAAUGUCAAUCAUAAAGAAAACUCUACGUCACAGAAGGUUUAUGAAAACCUGCUUAAAAUGAAUGAUUCCAUGUCGAAUAAAGUCUUUGAAAAUUUCACUAAGAAUAGUUAUGAAAUUAACAUCGUCCCAUACGAAACGUGCCAUAAUAUAACUUGUAUUCAGUUCUGCUGUCCUUUUGGCAAUAUCAUGAGAUGGAAUGACACCAAAUGUAUUCCAAAAGAAAUGACAUAUGUUUUUCCGAAUGUGUACAAAUACACAAACGAUUCAACGCAGAACGAAAAUGGGCGAGUGAACGAAUUCUUUCAGUUAACCGUCUACAAUACGUGCUUAGAAUCGGAAUGUUACGUGGUACCCGAUCAUCAGUACGAUUAUAAAAUUUUUGCCAAUGGUUCUUUUUAUAUACCUUAUUAUGAAACAUUAUUUAAAUCGACAUCAUAUUGCCUCGGCGUCUUUUUGGAAAGAGGGGGUAGAUUUGAAGCGUUUUUCAGUUCAGAAGAGUAUGCGGAAUUUAAUAAGAACUUGAAGCACACGCCUGAGUACAGUUGGAUAAAUCAUAUAAUUGAUUUAUAUUUUAGUUUGUAUUUAGUGUGUAUGUUAUUUUUGGUGGCAGUAUUUCUAGUGUAUUCCAUAUUGCCAGAACUUCGAAAUGAACACGGCUUCAUGUUGCGCAAUUAUAGUGCAGUUACAUCCAUCCAAUUGAUGAUUGAUAAUGUGAGACUUUCAAAUAUAAAAAAGGGUUUUUUAUAUCCCGCCUGUAUUACAAUUGCCUUUUUAGAAUAUCUUUGUAUUAUAUCGAGUUACUUCUGGCUAAGUAUUAUGAGCUUUAAUAUGUGGCGGACAUUCAGAAGAUUCUCUUCGUUAAAAAGAAGCAGCAGCCAAUCAGAAAAAAAAAAGUUGGUAUAUUAUGCUAUUUUUGCGUACGGAUGUCCGUUUGUACUUGCUAUUGUUUGUGUCAUCGUUGUGGAUUAUGUUUCCGAGUAUUUACCAUAUAUUUUGAGACCAGAUUUCAAUAAGGGGCAUUGCUGGUACUCUGUCAUGAUUCAUUGGGAAGCACUUACAUUGUAUUAUUACUGGAUAAAAAUUGUCUGUACUAUUAGUAGCAUUUGCUUAUCCAUCUCUGCGGCAAGAAACAUUAAACGCUGCGAAAAGGAUACAAACUUCAGUCUAACAGAUUCGGAAAACAAGCAAUUUAAUGACAAUAAGAAAUGGUUAAAUCUAUAUAUACAGUUAUUUACCAUGUUGUUUAUCAUUAUGGGUAUAAAUUGCUUUAUGCAUGCAAUUUCAAGGUUUUUUUACCAGGACAAUUAUAUAAAUAUGGUUAUUACAUUGAACUUGUUAGAUUCUUGUUAGUUAUAGGACAAAAUUACUGCAUGUUUAUCAUAUUUGUAUGGAAGAGGAAAAUCAAGUUGAUGUUACUGAAACGAUUCGGAUUCAAGACGAAUGCAUCGACUUGAAUACCACUUUUGAGGAAUACAUGCAGGAAAAGUCAAUUUUUUGCGGAAAAGAAACAUAUUACACGAAAAAUGUGUUUAAUGGGAUUGAAUUUAAAUGUUGUCAAUGUGUAAAAAAAACGGUUUUAUAAAAUCA